UGUGGACAUUAUUCUCCAUAUUUUCAGUCGAGGCUGGAACAAUGUGUCAUACAACAAAAGAGAGUCAACAGGAGGAAAUGGCCACUGGACAAAUGUUUACUGACCUACACAUAAAAAGAGAGAUGGUGAUGAAAGAAACUGCUUAUGCACUGACUGUAGCCGAGCAGAUCCAGCUCACACUCAUAUCAGAAGAGUUACCUGAGUGGAAGAAGAGACAGCAGAUGGUUUGUAUCGGCGGGCCACACAACACUUGUCUGAAGCAGCUGCAGAGCUGGUUCUCGGUUUUGGCAGAGUGUCUUCAACAGAUCCGUCAGCAGCUGAAGAAAGUUCAUGAAUUGGUGCAGAAAUUCACCUACAACAACGACCCCCUCACUCUGGGCAAGAGCCAGCUAGAUGACCAGGCCCUUGCACUCUUCAAAAACCUUGUAUUAAAGUGAGACGCAAUGCUUUAU